CUGGAUUAUUGGAAAAAAGUAAAACCGAGAAUGGAAAACUGGAAAAUGAGCAUGGGUAGUCUCAGUGGAGAAGUUCUGAACAAGCUGUCAAAUAUGUUGGACAACGCCACCUGUGGAUGGAGACAACUAGCCAGCGCUGUGGCCGAGCAGCCACAAUUCCGCUGCAGUGAAAAGGAGUUGACCAGUUGCUCCCUUCAGGUGUUGAACUCUGCAGGCAGUCCUGCACGAACUCUUCUGGCAUGGCUCUCUGAUCGCCACUGCACCCUGGACUUCCUCCUUCACUACCUGAGGAAGAUUGACCAUCGAGAAGCUGUGCAGUUCCUCACUGCCACGGUGUCGGAGCUGAUCCGGAUCACCACGCACCCACAGUCCUUGCAGGCCUCACCGGGGAGCAGGGUGGUCCUGAGCUGCAGGGCUUCUGGACCCCCUGGACUCGGCUAUCAGUGGUUCAGAGGCAAAGAGGAGAUGGUAAAUGAAACAGGGACUUCACCGGAGCUGGUUCUGUGUCCUCUGAGUCCAACCCAUCAGGGUCACUACAUCUGCAGGAUCAACCAUGGAGAAAAGUGUCUCUUCUCCCAUUGGGCUCAUGUUCGCUUGGUCCAAUCUACAGGUUCCAGUGCAGACUGCAGCAGUCUGUUUCCAGGCUCAGUGAGCGGACUGAGUGUCAUCGAACAGCCUCAGUCCCAAGCAGCUUCUGAAGGAGAUACUCUGGUCCUGAGGUGUAAAGCUGAGGCCAACCCCCCUGCUCAGUACGAAUGGUACCACAACAAAGUUCUCCUACCCCAAGAAAAGACAUGUAUACUCAAAAUUCAGUGUGUGACCACAGAGCACAGAGGACAGUACAGAUGCAAGGUUUUCAACUUGUACCACGAGGCGUGGAGUGACAACGCAACAGUCUCCAUCGGCCCAAGUUCAGUCACAGACGCCACCUGGGUAGAAGUCGAUCGUGGUUCAGAAUUGCAGGAAGUCCACAGGUCAACCUUUGGACCAGGCAUACAUCCAAUGCAACAGAUGGUUGAUCCACCCUCAGCUGCCAAUAAAGUCUAUGCUACGGACAAAGUUGCUCUCCUAAUGGGCAACAUGAACUACCACCACCACACUCAGCUGUGUGCGCCCAUUUCUGACGUCCACGAGUUGACCAACCUUCUCAGACAAAUGGACUUCAAGGUGGUGUCCCUGCUCGACCUCAACUGGCAGGAGAUGCACAGUGCUGUGACCGAGUUCCUGCUGCUGCUCGACAAGGGAGUUUAUGGUCUGCUAUAUUUUGCUGGUCAUGGGUACGAGAACUACGGCAACAGUUUUAUGGUUCCCAUUGAUGCUCCAGCGUCCUACACUUCAGAGCACUGCUUAUGUGUACAGAAUAUACUGACCAAGAUGCAGGAAAAAGAAACUGGGCUCAAUGUCUUCCUGUUGGAUAUGUGCCGCAAAAGAAACCCAAACGAUGAUGUCAUUGUACAGCCCGGACCACUCAAAGUCACAGCAAAUAUUGUGUUUGGUUAUGCCACAUGUGUUGACGCCAAAGCGUACGAGGUCAAGAGAGACGACGUGUCAAACGGCAUCUUCAUAAACUUCCUUAAACAGCGAGUGUGUGAAGAUGAGAAGGUCACCGUCAUGCUCGACAGAGUCGGUGAAGAUAUGGGUCGUUGUGCGAUCACAAGGGGGAGGCAGGCUCUUGAGCUGCGUAGCAAUCUGUCAGAACGACGUGCCCUCACUGACCAGAUUCAGACUUCUGACUGUUCUGCCUCUUAUUCAGCUCGAAACCUGCAGUGGGCUGUAUCUCACGUUCUGCCAGAGAGCCGCUGCAUUCAGUUUGACUGUGGGGUGAAGGUACAGCUGGGCUUUGCAGCAGAAUUCUCCAACGUUAUGGUCAUUUACACUCGGACACUCGAGAAGCCCAAAGAGAUAGUUUCCUGUUCUGCUCAGCUGACUGACUUCCCAGUGGACGUGGAUGUUGAUCUGAAAACGAGUAACCAGGAGACUCUGCUUGAAGCUGGCUGUUUACUGUUGAUUAAGGAAGAACUUCCUUCACCAGACGUCCCAAGUCUUUACACACGCCUCCGCAGCCUGCAGAGACUCAGAAGGGAGCUCACAUUCACAGUCUGCCUUCAGUACACCUACGCCAACAUGGACGAAGAGGUAGAAGAAAGGCUACCAGUAACCGUGGGAAAACCUUUGGUGUCCAAACUCAAUCUCCACGAGCCACGGCCUUCUCGAAACUCCUCAACUUACUCCAGCGUCAGCUCCUGCAACUAUCCUGGGAGCUCCUCUUUUGUUGAGGAAUUCGCCUCUGUUGCUUCUGCCUCAAACACAUGGCCAGACUAUGCCCAAACUUGCAGCAAAGUUUCUAAUGCUGAUGUUCUCAUUUCAUCCAGAAGUGCCAAUGUACCAGAAGAGACAGACUGUCCAGAAAAAUUCAGUGCCCCACAACGUCUUGUAGCCAGCAAAAGUCUUCCCUACAGCCAAAUGAAUGAUGCUAACUACAAAUUCAGUGACAUGUACAAUUUUCAUUCCUUCUAA